AUGCCUGGGAAGUCCCACCCUUUACGACCCUUGAGAGCUGCACAGGGCUUUGGCGACUUUGAUAAGAUUGAUGUGUAUCAGUCGAGUGACUUGGUGUAUGUGAGAGCUCUGAGGAGAUACGAGGACAAGGAGGAGGAGAAGGCGGAGUACCUGUGUAUUGCGAGGCAGGCUGCACAUGUCAGCUCGAGGCCCCUUGUAUAUGCUACUGAUACCGAUAUAAGGGCCUCUUCGGACAAACGACUUGCUAGUGAUAUACGGGCAGUGGUGGGGUUAAUCCAACUUCUUCAAGGAUACUAUCUAGUAGUUGUCUCGGAGGCUCGACCAGUGGGAUGGAUCGGUGGUCGAGGCUGUCACCAGCUGGCUAAGGAUGAGCGUAGGCUUAUCGAUUGGAUCCAGGAUAUGCAGGCGGGUAGAGGCUACUACUUUUGUCAUACAUACGAUAUCUCACGCAGUGCCCAGGCUAAUAUCGCGGAAUCUUCUCUGUCCCGUUUUGUGUGGAACUGGACGCACAGCGAAGGUUUCCGUCGGCGGUCUCGCUUCUAUGCAGGGACUCGGUACAGGAAGCGAGGCAUUAACGCUGAUGGUGAUGCGGCUAAUGAGGUUGAGACAGAGCAGAUGCUUAUUGAUCUCUCUACCGGAGGGAUAGGUCGUCACCCUCUGAGUAGCUUUGUUCAAGUUCGCGGUAGUGUGCCUGUGUUUUGGAUGCAGGACCAGAACCAGUUGGGCCUGAUGAAGCCAAAGCCUCCUAUACGCUUUCACAGGACUGAUAGGAAUAAUACGGCAUCAAAAAGGCACUUCUCGGGGCUCUUUGGGAGGUAUGGCGGCCCAAUACUGGUGGUCAAUUUGAUGCGGCAUGCUGAGAGGAAGGGGGAAGAAGAGGAGGAGGAGGAGGAGGUAGAAGAGAAGAAAAGUCCUUUUGAGGGGCGUCCGCCACGCUCAUUGUCCACUGUUGAGAAUGAACAGGAGUUUAUGCUGGGUUCUCGCUAUCAGCGUACGGUCACUGCCUUGAACGCUGACCUCCCACCACCACUGAAGAUACGAUACAUAGUCUUCGAUCUGAAGGCCUAUAGUAAAUACUUGGCUGGUCAGGCUAGGCUCAAGAAAGGCGUUCGGCAAGACUUGGUUGAUCAUCUAGGAAUAUUAUCAGAGUGGUUGGCCUUGUCUACAGGAUGGCUCUGUCUGGACACCAAGGGCGAGGGGGUCAGAAGGUUCCAAAGUGGAGUGGCGAGGGGUAGCUGUGUGGACUGCCUUGAUCGGACCAAUGUCUUCCAAUACCACUUAGGGUAUGCAGUACUGUGCUUUCAGUUGAGGGAACAAGGCUUUAUAGGGCUACCUGAGGUUGGGGAGCCGCCACCACUGAUGAUGAUGAGAGAGCUUACUCGUAUGUAUGAGGAAAUGGGAGAUCAAUUGGCGUGGCAAUAUGCUGGUAGUGAGGCUCAUAAGAAAUAUGCAUAUAUCAUUGGUUUAACUCGCUCCUUUCAAAGGGAUCAGCAACCCGCGGCCUUCAACGGCAGCAAUCAACGACUGAUCCGCUUUCCUUCUUAUCAAGACCGUCCUGAUUCCGAUUGGCCUGGCUUGGCAGCCCGCAGUAGGGAUCUUCUCAUAUCACUACAUCGCCAUUAUGCUAAUAAUGUAUCAGAUCAGGAGAAGCAGCAUGCUGUGAAUCUCUUUCUGGGUCUGUAUUCUCCUGUAGGGGCUCUGCCGAGACCUUGGAGUAACGCCGACUGUGAUGUGGAUGCAUUUGUACAUCAUAAGCCUCUUUGUGAUGAUCCUAUGGAUAGUCAUACUGAAUGGUGGACUCUACCUUUACACACUUUCAAGAGGGCAGCGAACAUACACCUAGUUCAGGGUCCCGACCACAACCCGCCAUGGUUUCAUUAUCUUCCAGAUGGUGAUCUUGGUACUCGGCGGGAAGAGGCUGCAGAGGCGACUGGACGUACUUUUGAUCAUGUCUAUGAUGUUGCGACACUCUCCAGAUUUGACGACUUGCAGCCUCCAUUGCGCUCCUGCUCCUUCAUCGACGUCGUGCCCAGAGGGACUGUUACUGGGGUCCGUCGAGAAGACGAUGUACGCACAGAGAAGGAUAUCUUUUUCUCGGAUGCACUGCAUACCAUCACACUGACUCCAUUCCAGGCUGGGGUAACUGUCAACGAUCAUCGCUGCGAAGAAGAGCUGCUGCAAGCUGCAGUGAGAUUGGAUACGGGGAAUCGUAGUGCAAGGGAAGUUGAGGAGAUUCUACUAGGUCGUGUGGUGGAUGAGGAUCCUCUUGAGGAAGGGUGUUCAGACAGACAAGCUUAUGAGGAGUACUGUGACCUAGGCAAGCUGAGCAGGAUGGUGAAUGCAUUCCUGCUAGCCCCUCCGGGUGAGAAGGAGGCUCUAGUUGAGCAUUGGUGUAUGGAUGAGGACGUCGGUAGAGUUAUGGUCAUACCACGGCGUCAAGGUGAGGUCGAAGACGCUCUGCUGGAAGUAACCAGUGAUAUGAGGAUAUUGCGCGAUAUAAUCGCUGCAGAGACAACUGCACCCAAGAAGCCGAUUGAUUCCUGA